AUGGCUGAACAUGGGAUUCCGCGAUACGCGCGGAGAGGGGAGCGGACUGAAGAAGCUCGCCAACAAGAGCUUCGCAAGAUCGAAAAGUAUCGAGAACUCGAACGAUCAGUCCGAGAAAAGAUUGCGGCACAGCAGUACACACCAGAAACUCUACAGAAGAUAUCCGAACUGCUAAGCAGCAACCCUGAGUAUUACACGAUAUGGAAUUAUCGUCGUCAAGUCCUGCGAAGCGAAUUCUCGCGUGCAGAAUCUAGCAACUCCAACGAAACGGCAGCAGAACAGAUUGCUUCCUUGAUCAAAAGCGACUUGCUGUUUCUUAUUCCCUUGCUCAAGAGUUUUCCUAAGUGCUACUGGAUUUGGAACUACCGCGUCUGGCUUUUAGACGAAGCCAAGCGUCUUCUUCCUGCUUCGAUUUCCCGUCGAUUUUGGCAAGAGGAAUUGGGCCUGGUCGGCAAGAUGCUCAACCUGGACAGUAGGAACUUCCACGGCUGGGGUUACAGACGAUUUGUCAUAGAGACUCUUCGGCAGCUCAAGUCCGCAGAGCAACCCAGCGAAGACAUGACCCAGGCUGAAUUUGACUACGCAAAGAAGAUGAUCGGCGCCAACCUGUCGAAUUUUUCUGCUUGGCACUAUCGUACCAAAUUGAUCCAGCGACUGCUAAACGAGCGAUCAGCCAGCGAUGAGGAGCGGAGAAAGAUGCUCGAUGACGAGUUGGAAUUGGUCCAUCGUGCCUUGUGCGACCCAUAUGACCAGUCAUUGUGGUUCUACCACCAGAACUUAAUGUGCGUCUUUGAUCCGAUGGCAGCGGCGCAGACAAUGGCACCGAAUCUCAGUGACUCGGAACGCUUGGAAUACCUCCGACAAGAGAUUGAAGAAAUUGAAGACAUGCUAGAUGGGGCGGAAGACUGUAAAUAUCUCUACCAAGCCUUGAUCGACUGUACGUUGUUGGCUUGGAAGGUGGAGGGAAUAACUCCCGCUGAUACGCAGAAACGGGCGGUAUUAAAGUGGCUUGCGGAGUUGAAGAAGCUGGACCCGCUGCGACAGCAACGGUGGCUGGAUUUUGAACAGUCACUUGCCUGCUGA